AACUUCGAAGACGGAUUCCCUUGUAGCCUCAGUCCACCUCCGAAUCAGCUAGAAGUUACACGUGUAUAAAAGUAAAACCAGAAAAAUUGUACGUUAAAGAAAUCAGUCGAUCGUCGGUUUCUGCUCCUCAAACACUUGGCUCUUUUUUUCCGAAAAAACAACUUUUAUCUCGUGUCCGGUUCGUAAGAAUAUUUUUCUCCUACCGGCAAGAUGCGUGAAAUUGUGCACAUCCAGGCCGGUCAGUGCGGUAACCAGAUCGGCGGCAAGUUCUGGGAGGUGAUAUCCGAUGAGCAUUGCAUAGACGCCACAGGAACCUACUAUGGCGACAGUGAUCUGCAGCUCGAGCGCAUUAAUGUCUACUAUAACGAGGCUACCGGCGCCAAGUAUGUGCCGCGUGCCAUCCUGGUGGACCUUGAGCCCGGCACCAUGGACUCUGUACGUUCCGGCGCCUUUGGACAGAUUUUCCGGCCAGACAACUUUGUUUUUGGCCAGUCGGGUGCCGGCAACAACUGGGCCAAGGGUCACUACACAGAGGGAGCAGAGCUGGUAGACUCUGUCCUGGAUGUUGUAAGGAAGGAGUCAGAGGGCUGUGAUUGCCUGCAGGGCUUCCAGCUUACCCACUCGCUGGGUGGUGGCACUGGCUCUGGCAUGGGCACCCUGUUGAUCUCAAAGAUCCGCGAGGAGUACCCAGACCGCAUCAUGAACACCUUUUCGGUGGUGCCCUCGCCCAAGGUGUCCGAUACCGUUGUGGAGCCCUACAAUGCCACCCUGAGCGUGCAUCAACUGGUGGAGAACACCGACGAGACGUACUGCAUCGACAAUGAGGCGCUUUAUGACAUCUGCUUCCGUACCCUGAAGCUGACUACGCCCACGUACGGCGAUCUUAAUCAUCUGGUCUCCGCCACCAUGUCGGGGGUGACCACCUGCUUGAGGUUCCCUGGCCAGCUGAAUGCUGAUCUACGCAAGCUGGCCGUGAAUAUGGUGCCCUUCCCCCGGCUGCACUUCUUCAUGCCCGGGUUCGCACCGCUAACCUCUCGCGGAUCGCAGCAGUACCGUGCCCUGACCGUUCCAGAGCUGACCCAGCAGAUGUUCGAUGCCAAGAACAUGAUGGCCGCCUGUGAUCCGCGUCAUGGUCGCUACCUGACGGUCGCCGCCAUCUUUCGCGGUCGCAUGUCCAUGAAGGAGGUGGACGAACAGAUGCUUAACAUCCAGAACAAGAACAGUAGCUUUUUCGUUGAGUGGAUUCCCAACAACUGCAAGACGGCCGUGUGCGACAUCCCGCCUCGAGGCCUUAAGAUGUCGGCCACCUUCAUUGGUAACUCCACGGCCAUCCAGGAGCUGUUCAAGCGCGUUUCGGAGCAGUUUACGGCCAUGUUCCGGCGCAAGGCCUUCUUGCAUUGGUAUACCGGCGAGGGCAUGGAUGAGAUGGAGUUCACUGAGGCUGAGAGCAACAUGAACGAUCUGGUGUCGGAGUACCAGCAAUACCAGGAGGCCACCGCCGAUGAGGAGGGUGAAUUCGACGAGGAUGAAGAGGGCGGAGGAGACGAAUAAGCACACGAAUAUACACACUCGCACUAUCACACACACGCUGCACUAAAAACCUGCUCCAUGAUCCUGCACACACAGCCACACACACACACCUCUCCAAAUGGAACCACAAACUAAACUGCACUGACCCCGACCCAUAUUUCCAGAAUUCUAAUUUGCACAGCCUUAAAUCGAGCACACAGAGUUUCUACAUUUCGUUGGCAAUGCUCGCUCCUAGGUGAAUAUCACACCAUUUGAUCAUAAACACCAUUGUAAUUUUGAUGCUGCACAGUUAUUAAUCAUGUUGCUAGUGACAAGUCACCUAUUAUGUGUAUAAAUAAAUGUUUGUUUUGGAAUCGAAA